AUGCCGUUCUCGAGACUGCGAAAGCAGGACCAGCGGACGCUUCCGAGAAGCUUCGCGGCGACGGAGGGGAUUGAGAUGGAGAGGGUGACACGGGUUCGCAAGGCACUCGGAGCGACUGUGAACGACCUUAUGAUGGCAGUGAUUGCAGCGGGCAUAGAGAGCUACGUGCAAGAUCUGAGAACAAAGCAUGGAGGCCUCAGAACUCAGCAGAGCAAAGCAGGAGGGAGCGCCGAAUACGAGUCAAGUACGCAGCGCCUGAAGCCAAGUGGAUGGAGCAGCAGGAGUGGUGCCAUACGGUUCAGAGCGGUGACAAUGGCUGAUUUGAGGAGCAGGACCCGAAAGGGACCACCUGUUUGGGGCAAUAAGCUUGGGAUAAGCGUCAUCUCCCUCCCCAUCUCGCUACAUCCUCCCCCUCUUCAUCCUCCUCCUCCUCCUCUUCCCACUGCCGCACCUAAAAAACUUGCAUAUGCCACGUCAGCAUCAUUGCCACAAGACUCCGACUCCUCCACUGCCGCACUGCCACAUGGAAUUGACAACCACGUCAUUGAUAUCCCACCAGAAUUAGCGCAGGAGAUUGCAGUGAAAGUUUCAUGUGGAGGAAGGGAAGGGGGGAUGGCAGGAAAUGGAAAGGCAGUGGAAGCCAGGGGAGUAAAGGAGGGAGAAGGUGGGGAGAAGGAAGAGGGGAGUGGGAAGGAGGCAAGGAGAGUGCAGCAAGUGCGGAGGGAGUGUGGGCAAAAGAAGGUCUCUUGGGAGGCUCAUCUCACCAACCUCUAUGCUCGCCUCGCGCUCGCGCUGCUGGGCCGUAAGGCAAUGGCAUGGCUAUCUCUUCCUCCCCUCCCUAUAUCUGGAGAUAUUGCAGGCCAUGACAUGCCAUAUUGA